AAGAUCAUUCACCCAAGCUUAUCCUCAAACCAAUCCUUCGGAAAGUUCACCACUGAGAAGUCCCAAAACCCCACAUUAACAAAGAGGCUUCACAUUUGAUGCCUCACACUACUCCAAAACCCUAAUAUCAAAAUGCUACUUCAAUCAACCUUCAUUCAAUCGCCCCUUCACCAGCAUGUUUCUCUCUCAUCAACUUCCUCUCACCCAUUCUCAAUUCCUUUUGGGUUUCGCGGUUCGACCCUUGUUCGAACCAUUACAAUGCACAAUCACCCAGUUAUCACUUGUUCAAUAUCACAGGUUCACAGCUAUGGAACAGUGGACUACGAGAGAAGACCACCGGUGAAAUGGAACUCUGUAUACAAGAAAAUAUCGAUGAUGGAGAACCCAGAAUUGGGCUCUGCGACUGUGUUGAAUCAGUAUGAGAAUGACGGGAAGAGGCUCACAAAGUGGGAACUUUGCAGGAUUGUCAAAGAACUGAGGAAAUUCAAGCGUUACAAACUUGCUCUGGAGGUCUACGAAUGGAUGAAUAACAGAGGAGAUAGGUUUAGAAUGUCCACCAGUGACACUGCAAUUCAACUAGACCUAAUUGCCAAAGUGCGGGGAAUAUCAAAUGCCGAAGAUUACUUCUUGAACUUGCCUGAUACAUUAAUGGACAAACGGACAUAUGGGGCCCUUCUAAAUGCUUAUGUGCAUGGUCGAGUGAGAGAAAAGGCAGAAUCUUUACUUGACAAAAUGAGAAGUAAGGGUUAUGCUACACACCCUCUUCCAUUCAAUGUGAUGAUGACUCUCUAUAUGAACCUUAAACAUUAUGAUAAAGUUGACUCCUUGAUUUCAGAGAUGAUGGAGAAAAAGAUACCAUUAGAUAUAUACUCAUAUAAUAUAUGGUUGUCUUGUCGUGGAUCCCUGGGAUCUGUAGAAAAGAUGGAACAAGUUUUCGAACAGAUGAAACUGAACCGAACCAUUAAUCCCAACUGGACUACAUUCAGCACAAUGGCCACAAUGUACCUUAAGCUGGGACUAUUGGGAAAAGCUGAAGAGUGUUUAAAGAAUGUUGAGAGUAGAAUCACUGGACGUGAUCGAAUUCCUUAUCAUUAUCUCAUUAGUCUGUAUGGUGGUAUUGGUAACAAGGAGGAGGUUCAUCGGGUUUGGAAUAUAUACAAAUCAGUUUUUCCCAAUAUUCCAAAUUUGGGUUACCAUGCUGUGAUAUCUUCUUUGGCUAGGUUGGAUGAUAUUGAAGGGGCAGAGAAGAUUUUUGACGACUGGCUGUCAAUUAAGACAACAUAUGACCCUAGAAUAGUAAAUAUUCUCAUGAGUUAUUAUGUUAAAAAAGGGUUUUUGGAGAAUGCUGAGGCUUUAUUUAAACAAAUGGUUGAAAUGGGAGGAAAGCCAAAUUCGAGUACAUGGGAAAUUCUUGCAGAAGGGCAUAUCAGAGAGAGGAGGAUUUCUGAGGCUUUGUCUUGUUUGAAGGAGGCCACUUCAGCUGAGCGAUCGAAGAACUGGAAACCAAAGCCUGCAAACAUGACUUCCCUUCUCAAGCUAUGCGAGCAAGAAGCCGAUACAGCAAGUAGGGAGGUAGUGGUUGGGAUUUUGAGGCAAAUGGGGUGUUUUGAAGAUGAAGCUUAUAUGUCAUAUAUCCCCAUAUCUAACAGGGUGCCUAAUGGAGAGGAACUGCUUGCGGAGAAAGGUAAAAUUGAUAAUGAUGAUGACAGCAACAUUAGUGAUGGAGCUGAAAUGCUUCUUAACCAACUGCAGGGAAGCUUGUGACAACUUAUUUGCUUCCUACAUGAUAAGGAUGUUGUCAACUGAGUAUAAUGUGCAGGGAAUUUCUUGUCUGUGGUGGUGGUUAGUAAUCUAAAAGGAGCUUUGAUUACUUCUUCACUGUAAAUACCAAGUGCCAAAGUUAUUCCUGCUGAUAAUGACGUGCAAGAGUGAAACUUUUCCAUCUACGAUCUUUCAUUUUCUGUGCCCAUCACUAGAUGAAGCUUCAGAUGGUAAUAUUACUUUUGCUCAUGUCAGUAACCAUACCUGCUUGGCUUAUUUUAAAGAUGUGUGUGAAUCUAUAAUGUAGUUUUUUUGUUUCCUAUGGACCAAUUCGUAGAAGCGUCACCUGUUUAGCUUUAUAAAAAGUAGUGUGAUUUCUUCUAUUGAUGUCUUUUUUUGAAUUUAUUGAGAAUUAAGAUGAUUCUAAUAAUCAUAAAGCACUUCACAUUGGUUGUAUGUAAAA